AUUUCUGCUGUGUCGCGGUAGAUCGUCGAGGAAGUGUGAACAUACAUCAGUUAGUACUCGCUCGUUAAGAUUGAUUUUUCGUGCAAAAACAUAAUCCAUAGCAGCCGAAAAGUAUUACCCGUGAUAGCCGGAAGUGCACUCGUUUUGUUUGUGGUAUUUUUUCCGUACGGGUUACCAGAUACAGUGAAUAAAAUUAAAUUUUUCCCUGAUCAGCCUCCAUUGGCGAAGGAGUUUUCUUGCUGACAUUUUUUCAUUUACCCUCCCUCUUGCGUUCACAUUGCUGCAAGUGGAGAGUGUGUUGGUGUGCGCAGUGUAGUGUUUGUGUGGUUUGGAUUACUUUUUGCGGCAUUUCGUGGUAGUUGUUGCGUCAAUCCUGCACCGCAUCCAGCAGCGGAACGGCCUCCGCGGCUCUCCCCAGCCUAUUUCAUCGCUGAUUGAUUUCGGUUGAUGCCAGGUGUGUGUGAGUGAUCCGUUCCGUUUAUACUUUACCUCUAGUGUUGCGUAUCGCGAUCGCGCGUUUCAUUCAAAACUGCAUACAUCGUGUUAUUACUGGUGCGUUACAGUGUUGGUGUACAUUGUGUUUCUCUUUCUCGCAAUCCGGACUACGGAGAAAAAAAAGAACAAAUCCAUCGCUCAUCAAUCGAAAAGUGCGGUGCCCCGUUUUGCUUUCAUCCUUCCGCCUGCUCACCGUUUCUUGUGCAAUUAUUUUUCUUGGCAAGUCAUUGCAACCAUUGACGUUAUUCCUUGAGCCUGGAGCACCCUGUGAAACAGAGAAAUUAAUUGACAUUUGAGAGCACCGAGCUGCAGCUAGAAUUGUGGCUGGAAACACUGAGAAGGGGUAAAGUCGCAUUGAUAACGGCGUGGUUUUGAGCAGCAGCAAACAAAAAACCAAGAGGAUUUUAUUUCUUUUUUGGGCGCUGAUGUCGUGCGCUACAAUUGCAUUUUUAAAAGCUCCGUAGUGUUGGGCGGGUGCAGUUAAUAUUGGCCACGGAAACGAAGUUGCGCUGGUGGAACCUGGCAGCCACGAUGGCGGUGCAGCAGUACUGUCUGCGUUGGAACAAUCACCAGCCGAACUUUAUCUCCGUUUUCUCGACCUUGCUGCACAAUGAGAGCCUGGUGGACGUCACCCUGGCCGCCGAGGGUCGACAGCUGCAGGCUCACAAGGUGGUACUCUCGGCAUGCAGUUCUUAUUUUCAGUCCCUUUUCACUGCUAAUCCCUGCCAACACCCGAUCGUGAUUCUGAAAGAUGUACAGUACAACGAUCUUAAAACGAUGGUGGACUUUAUGUAUUACGGAGAAGUAAACGUGUCCACCGAACAGCUGCCACAGGUGCUAAAAACAGCUGAGAUGCUGAAAAUAAAAGGGCUAGCUGAAAUGCCAGAUGCUGCGGCGGUGUGUAAAGCCGAUACUAGUAAACUAGACCAUCCCGAUCUGGUGGGUGCCGGCCUUGGGCCAGGUGGAACUGGCGGACCAGAGUCGUUAUGGGGCAGUGCGGAAUCUCAGCAGCAGCAAGCUGCUGCCCAGCAGCAGCAACAACAGCAGCAAGUGCAGCAACAGCAAUACCAUCAACAGCUACAGGCCCAACAAACCCAACUGCGAAGGACGCCCUCGCCCACCACUAAUAUGUCCCCGGCAGCGCGGCGAAAGCGGCUGAGAAAAACGUCCACUGGUUCGGGAUCGCUCUCUACUGAACGGAUGCAGCAGCAACAGCAGCACCACCAGCAGCAACAACAGCAGCAGGAAGAACACGGUACCAAUAAUGAUGGAACGAUAAACCUCGUACCUCAUCUGCACAUACAGCAACAGGUUGAUAACAUAUCGUACAGUACUAGCCAUAGUGCUUUGGCAUCGUUGGCAGGAGCUGCCGGUGGAUCCGGUAACAAUAUCCGAAUAAUCAAGGAAAGUCCUAGUUCCGACGUCGAACAGCAGCAGCAUGAAUCAUCACAAGAGAGUGUGGACGAUACAGGACAUCAUAUUCCGAGCAUAAUUGCAUGCUGCGUACAGAAAACGGAAGACUUAGGAGGUGUGGCGCAAACAAUACCGAUGGAUAUUUCCGCAACGUCGGGCAAUGUUGCAUCGGUGAAUAUUCCCCAAUCGCAAUCUCAGCAUAGUGUUGCAGAAAUGGCUAAGAUUGCCCUUGGUCUUACGUCUGGCAAAUCUAGUAGUACAAGCGGUACAUCGACGCUGUCAGCUAGUAUAGAAUCAUCAUCGUCCGGAAGCACGCUAACGGCCAUCAAACGUGGCCGUCUGCUGAUUCGCCAACAGAGGAUCAAGAAAGAAAGUGACUCAUCUUCGUCCGGGCAGCAUUACGGAUCCGAUCUGGAUACACCGGACGCUGGACCCUUGUACACACCAAAUUUGCUAUCAGUUCCGGGACAUCAUCGAUUCGAGCGGCAAGUUUCCGAACCGAUCAUUUCAUCCGCACCCGCUGUUUCUUCUCCGGAAGUACGUUCCGUGGGUGUUGAUAGGCCUCACGGUGGACAUUUACUAAGCGUUCCUCAGCAAGCUUAUCUUGUUAAACAACAUUCCCAUCCACUUCUGCCCAGUCAAACUGGCGGUUCACUGGGAACGCAUCAAACGUUCCAGGCGAUCUCGUCAUACUCGCUACAACGUCAGCUCUCUCACCCAAUGACCACCGUGCAAAGCUCAACCCCACUUACUCUUCUUACAAGUAGUAGUGGCUCUGCACAUUAUGUAACACCGUCCUCUUCACUCAAAACCGACUCAGACGAUGAAGCAACUCCGGUGCCCAGCAUCCCGCAGAUACAUCUUCAGUCUGACCGGACGAUGAGCCCAACAGUGGUGAUUGUCCCGGAAGGCGAAUCGCAGCACCAUACGGCAUCGAGCAAUAGUAGUAGUACCUCUGUGUGUAUCACCACUGCGACAGCAAUAACAAACCCAACCACAACCACCACCAGCAGCUCAGUAGCUCUACUAGCCGACUUGGCCACAGCUCACAGUACUAUCCGUGUCAAAGGGGAAGAGUUAUCCCGUUCUGCUUCGUCCCCAUUGACAAGUUCCCGUUCGGCGGAUAUACCCGGCCUAGACAGUCAACGGUCGAGCCAUUGUCCAGUCGUUCGGGAAGGGCCCGCAUUGGGUUGCAACUUCUGCUGGAACACGAUUGAUGCUCACGGACGCAUUUUGCGACGAAAAACCAAGUAUCACUGCCCCGAAUGUCAGACUAAUUUGUGCAUUGUGCCGUGUUUCCAAGAAUACCACGAGCGUCAAUCCGCAGAAAACCCUGCCCCUACCAGUAACGACAGCCCCGGUCAAGGGGUCAGCGGUACCAGUAAGUCGGGCCUGAGAAACUAUCCCAAGUCUGGAUCGAUGUAAAAUUUGUUGUAUUUUUACUGAAAAGUGACCAUUGGUGAUUAUUGUACGUAGGAUAAUCUCUUAGGAUCAAUUUGCGCGUCGAGCGCCAAAACGAACCGGAUCGCUCCCCCGAUCACGGGCUCGGACUUAAGUUCGUAGCAUGUGAUCGCACUUUGUUUUGUCGGUGGAGUGAACGGAAUAUCAAUUUGACUUUUUGGUAAAAGACCUCCCAAUCAUUUGCGUAGGAGGCAACCGAGAUAGUAAGGAGAACUUUGAUGGAGGUAGUGAUGAAGCCUUGAUUUACUGCUUUUUGGUGGCAAUUUUGGAACAAAAGGUAAGAGUUACUUGCGACAGUUACGUUUAAAAUGAGUGUAGGUAAAAUUAACAAACCGGUGUUAAUGUAUGUAGUAGAAAUUUAGGAAUGUGACAUUUAAAUUUCAUUGUACAGUUUAAUUAUUUAACUGGAACCAUUGCAAACAAAUGUGCUAUACUGAUUAGAUAGAGUAUUGCUUUAGUUGAAAGAUCUACUUAAUAUUUGAAUGUUUUACAAAAACAAAAAGUAAGUUAGGUCCGCUGUAACGUCUUUGGGUCAAAAAGUUUUUGGUCGAUAAAUCGGUAGAUUAAAUCCGAAAUGAGAAACCACUCCUUAAAAAAAGUUUGUUGAAUUGAAUGCUUUACUGCAGCCAGUUAAUUUAGUUCCCAAUCUUAGUAAAACAAACAAAGGUUUAACUUGUUUGGCUCUAAUUCUUUGUUGUGUAGCAGUUGCGGGUAUCUUCUAUCAAUAUAUUUUGUUCGUGUUUUAUAAUUGUAAAGAACAAGAGAUGCCAGGUGUUUUUGAAAAAUGUCUGCACCUGCUCGAAAAACCGGAAAAAUCCGCUUGAAAUCUGAAAAAUGGAUAGAUUAUCCAUGAUUCGCUGAAAUUUCGCUCGCGCAGGCAGAAGUCUGCAAAAAUCUGCACACAAUUUGAGAAAAUCUGCGUAAAUAUAAGAAGACUUCGACAAAAAGCUGCAGAAACUAUUAAAAAUCUGCAAAUAUCUGCGAAUCAAUACAAAAUCUGCGUUCUGCAGACAAAUCUGCACAUCUGGUAUCCCUGUAAAGAACCACCAGGAAAAUCAGCGUCUUUUACAGCAUGAAUCUAUAUACUGCGGCAACUUAGCUGAUUUUGCAAUUCAUAAAAGGUUCUAAUUUUAUGAAUCACUUUCUUUAGUAUACAAAUUACCAUGGUUUUCAAUAAUAUUAUGGAUCGAUUUUAAUCUCGAAAAUCCCUUUUUGACGUGUUUUUUACUCUUAUUUACCAAAAGAGUCGUUUUUAUGCGGUAUGUUUUAUACGUUACAUAUGUCUUUGUCUUAUGUAUGUGGCAUGACUGUAUCCCAAAUAUUUACUGGUUUGACCUCAUUCGUUUUCUUUCCUGAUUUUCAUCUUUAUUCGCAGGUGAAAAUAUCGCUACAAUAGAGUAUGUUUUCUAAAAUAUCCAGCAGAUAUGAUUAAAAACUUUUACGCGGAUUUCGUAAUUUUCGCGAUUUAAUGUAGUGUAAAUUUUAAUUUGAUCUGUCAAAAGCAGUUAUUGUGUCAACAGGUAGCUUUAAAACAAAAACUGUCUGUUCCUGUUUGAGCUUUGUAAUAUAUUGAGUUAGGCGAUGUCGGAAGAUCAUUGUAUGACAUUUUUACGACUUGCACAUGGGAAAAAAUGUAGUAAAAAUAUACAUGUUUGCCAGAAGUAUUGUGAAAUAUUUUCAAUGUUUCGACUUGUUUUAUACUUCGACAGUAAUGAGCAGCAUACAGUACACUUAAGUCGCUUUUUACGCGAGGGAUACGUGCCGCGUAAAAAAAACGCGUAAAUUCCGGAAACCGUGUAAAAAAACCGCGUGAAUUCCGGAAUCCGCGUAAAAAAACCUGCGUUAAUUCUGCAAUCCGAGUGAAGAGAAACCGAAAUCCGCGCAAAAAAAAAACCGGAAUCCGCGUAAAAAAACCCGCGUAAAUUCCGGAAUCUGCGUAAAAAUACCGCGUAAAAAACGCGUAAAAAGCGACCUUAGUGUACUUACUCAAUAUACUUUUGUCCGCAGAACGAAUUUCUAUAUCAAUGACCUAUUUCUUGCGAAUGAGUAAAAAAAUAAACGCUCAUAACUUAUAUAACGCUUUUUCUGUAGAACUAAACUAUUGGAUUUCAGGGAACAUAAAAGCACAGACAAACAGACGCGCCUCUUCGAAGUAAAAAUCCUGAAAAAUCUUCGUCCUCUUUCGAAACGUUACACUCAUGCGCCACCAUGUGAGCUUAUUUCCUACUAACUUAUUUUUGUAAAACGGUUUUUGUCUUUACUAAUGGGUAUGCACGCUUACCUAUAUCAACACCAGCGGCAUUACUAACGGUUUUUGUCUUUGGUAAUGAAUGUGCCAAUGGCGACACUAGCGGCAUUAUUGCCCACUAAGCAAAAUUUCAAAAUAAUCGUUAUUUUUCUGGUCGAUGAAAUCGUCAUCGAGUAGCACGUCUGUUUAUCUGUGAUGAAAGUAUAUGAAAUGUAAUUUUCCGUUUACAUUCAUGAAUGUUUUCAAGCUCAACUAGAAAUUCAUUUUGGUUGUAUUGAUUUAAUUUUGUUAAUAAAUCUCGAAAACUUGAUCAAUUAGAAAUCGAGAAAUAAUCAUCACUUUAACGUUUCUAAUUUAAUAAAAAACUGUUUUGAAAACGCAUUACAGAAUGUGGAUAAAACUCUUUUCCGAAUAAAAAAUAAAAAAUAUGGGCAAAAACAAGCAGUUGCAGCUGCAGCCAUGCUUGGUUUCGUUCUUUUGCUCUUUGAAUGCUCAUUAGGCUGUAUUUUGUCAAGGAGGCAGAAUUCGAACGAGUUAUAUAUGAAGCACUUGUAGAGAUACUCUAUGUCUACAAUUUGUCCAAACAUUGUAUUGUUAAAAUUGCCUUAGGUACAGCGUAAAAAACAGACGUAAAACCGGAACAGCUGCUCUUUUGGUACCUACGAAAAUAAAACAAUUCUGGCUAUGGAGCUGUAGCAAUAUCAACAUUACAAUGUUCAGACAAAUUGGGUUGUUUAGCUAUAUCAGUUAUUUAUAUCAUCUGAAAGAGCUGCAUUUUCUACGUAAAAUGUGAUUUUCAAAAAUUUUCUAACGUUGUCCUUCAAUUUUCGAAUCACGAAUUAAAAUUGCUUGAAAUCGCUACAAUGACAGUUCGCCUGUAUACCAACUGUCAUUGUACUGCUGUUCCAAGCAUAACUGUCCCAGCAUACAUAAGGUUUGUGUAGAACAUGGGACAACUAUGCUUAGAACGGCAGUGUAGCUAUUUAGAGCAAUUUUUAUUCUUCAUUCAAAAAUCGAAGGACAAUGAUAUAAGAUUUAAAAAAAUCACAUUUUGCUCAGAGAAUUAAACUCUUUUAGCUGAUGUAUAAAAAUCUGAAAUCCGUGAAUAGCUUAACCCUCUAGUGCCCAAAUUAAUUUCUAAACGGACUCCGAUAAAAUCACUAUAAACCAUUAUAAACAUUUUUUAAGUACACACAGGGCCGGAUUUACGAUUGUGGGGGCCCGGGGUCCAGUUAUAGUGCGGGGCCCCAAAAUAAAACGAAACCAUUUUUUUAUCGUACGAGGUUAAAACAUUUAUUUGCUAUUGAAAAAUUACCAAAAUUUUGUUAGAAUUUUCUCUUAAGCCCUAUUUAGAGUUCCAAGCGAGGUGAAAAUCUCAUGCAAAACGUUCAUUUUUUCACGCUCGUGAAAAAUGCAACCUGCAAAAAUUUCACUUCGCAUGGAACUGUAAACAAAUUCGAUCCAGCGAAAUCAAAGGUUGUGGAUCUCAUCUUUUUCACUUGGGUUUAUUUUUUUCCCGGAUGCAAACGCUAGUGAAAAAAGCAGCAGCAAGCGAAAACUUGCGUGCGUUUCUAUUCUGUCAGUUGCAGCCAAUUUUCACUUCGCUCGGAGUGUAAACUCGUGAGUUUCGCUUCACUUAAACUGUAAACUGCAGACUGGUGAAAUACCUGCGUGUUCCACAAACGGGUUUUCACGACAGAUUUCGCAAGCGAAAAUUUACGCUUUUUCACUUGUCAAAUGUUUCACUUCGCUUGGAACUGUAAACUAUGCUUUACGAGUUUUUUUGCAGAAAACUUAUUGAUUAAAUAAUCAACAUUCAACUCCUUCAGUAUACUCGUACUCGAAACUUAAUAAUGCUAAGUUUGACUGUCUUUCAUUAUUCACAGUGGUACGCACUGUGCGGUAUUUUUAAUAAGUUUCAUCUUCGAUUUUUUUUCUUGAUACCUAAAAAAAAACUACCGCAAUUUGAAAAAACAGCGAUCCACAGGCAAAAAUUUGCACACAAUUUGAGAAAGACUGCGCAAAUAUAAGACGACUCUGACAAUAAUAGAAACUAGGAAAAAACUACGCACAUCUGCAGGUCAAUAAAAUCUGCACACGAACUCAGAAAAUCUGCAUUUUUCAAAGCACAUUUGGUAUCCCUGAUUCGGACAAGUUAGCAAAAGCAAUGCAUUAAAAAACUCGUGGGUUAUUUUCUUUCUCUGCUUUACUUCCAAUGUGCGUUGGUUCGAUUCAAAAGGUGUGUUAAUGUGUGUCAUUCCAAGAGAAUCCAAGGUGAACUCUAAUGGAUGUAGUUGUGAUAUUGGCGCUCGCGAAAAAAUAAAACUGAAGGAAAGUGUCAGAUUGAAAUGUUCUGUACAAAUUUUCUUACUGUAAAUCAAACUUUUGAUUGAAUCUCAUUUUUUAAAAAAGAAAAAAUCUUUUUCUUGAUUUGUGGGGGCCCCAAAAAUGUGGAGGCCCGGGGCCCGGGCCCCCCCAUAAAUCCGGCUCUGAGUACACACUUAAAACUGGAUCUCGAGCUCGGCAAAAAAACAUCCGAGUUCACUCGGCAACUUUGGAUUCAACCGGGAUUUCAGCAAAAAAAUGCCGGUUGCCGACAGUUGUCAGAUCAUUUUGCCGAGACUUCGUCCAAAAAACUAAGCUUGACGAAUCUCGACUCUAAUUUUUGCCGAAUUUAUCGUUAAACACUGUUGAUGCCGAGGUCAGCAAAAACAUUACUGGUAUCUCGGCACAAAUUUUAAUCGUUGCCGUGUUUCGGCAAUACAGCUGUCAUUCUCAUGAACGAGUUGCGGCCAUUUUUCUUAGUGCAAAUUUAUGCGUGUUACGGGUGAGCAAACAGGAAUCGGAUACAAGUUUGGCUGAAAUUUGUGCAAAUUACAAGUGUUUACAAUCCGGUAGCCGAAAAAAAUGUAGUACAGUUUGGGGGGAAGUGGCUGGAACUCAAAAAGUGUAGUUUCAAAUCGUGUGAAUACAAUAUUUUAUUUGUUUUAGGGAUAGGCAUUAGACGUAAUUUCAGAUUAGAUGUUUAGCUCAAGGCCCUACUGGCGAGCAAGAUAAAGAUAAGUAUUCAAGAUUUAGUAUGAAUAAAUUUCUUUACUUACUAAAACUCAUCGAGCUUAUAAUUUAUCUUUUGAAAGAAAACUACCUGAUUCACAGCAAAACUAUUUUCUGCGAUCGGGUUCCACUGAAAAAACGGCUCUUUACUGUGCCGAACAUUCAGCUUAUAUAACCGAAAGGUCGUUGGACUGGUUUGCCGCUUCUCGGCUGGAUUUGCCGAGAGCACAGUCAACUGUGUACCGCGAUUCUCGGCAUAAAAUGACAUCUGUCAUAUAUUGGUUUUCCGAGAUUCUCGGCAAAAGAGAUUCAGCCGAGAUGGUUGCCGAGCACUCGGCUGUCCAAAUCUCGGCACAAACAAUGCCGAGAUUCGGCGAAAUUUUUUAAGUGUGUAUUUAUUGAAGCUUUUCGGAACUUCAACUGAAGCCCGCCAAAUGGCGGCAUUAGGCACUAGAGGGUUAACAACCCAAUUGUAAAGAUAGAGUGUCUCUACAAAUGCUUCAUACAUGACUUGUUCGAAGACGAGACACAAUAAACAAUAAACAAUUCUGCCUUCUUGACAAGACAUAGCCUUCAAAGAGCAAAAGAGCGAAACCAAGUCUGGAUGCAGCCGAUACUUUUAGGUUUGUUCUUGAGUAAUUUGUUUAAUUGACCCAUUGUAAUUAUAUGCAAACCUAAUCGUUAGCUUAUCAGGAUAUUGGAAAGUUUGGAUUUCGCGAUGAAGAUACAUUUUGUGGUACAAACUAAUUGAGUAUAACAGCGUGAACAAACGGGUAAAUAAUUAAAUCGGAUUUAAAUUGAUCGAAAAUACAACAUGGAAUAAAAUUUUGACUAAGGCGGACGAAAGGCGUUUCAACAGGAAAUUUCUUUUCAUUUAACUUUCUGCGAUGUAUGGAAGUAACACAUUUCCUAUUAAUGUUAACAGUUUUUCUACAAACUAAGCAACAAAAUUUAAAUUGCGUGUAUUUUUUGAAUGUAUAAACGAAUAAAAUAUUGCUAACAGAUGAGAACACAUAUAACGCGAAGCACUUGUUGUAGCCAAACGAAAAAUAUACUUACUAAUAAUAAUAAUCUAUAUUAAAUUAAUGGAAAGUACCUGACAUUUAGGAAAAAACAAAGCAGGAGUUUGAGAAAUAAUUUAUCACAUGGGUGACCAAAAGGUAAAACCUAACAUAAGUAUCAAUAUAUAUUUGGAUUUAUUAAUGCAUUGAACCUAUAAUUAAAAAGGACAAACAUUGGACAACCGAGAAAAGUAAACUUUUUCAAUCGUUCUCAACUGUAAAGUUUAACUUAAAAAAAAUACACAACAAAAAACUGCUAGGCGUGUAAGCAAUUUGGUUUCACUGUUGAUCACUGAAGCAAACUCAAUCAAAAUAGUAGAAAAAAAAGAGACAAAACGUUGUUGUGUACUGCGGUAUUGUCAAUCUCAAAAAGAGAACAUUUUGCCGGUCAGUCCAGUACACUGGUUCAAUCACAUUAUUGUUAUAUGUACAUGGAGUCGGUUGGAAAGCAGUUUUGAAACCGCAUUGUGUAUAGAGUUUAAAAAACAUGUAAUUUUCUGUAUCAAAAAUGUAUAUUGAUAAAUGAAAAGAUGACAAUUGAUGCAACAAUGA